AUGGGAACAAAGUCGGGUGGCUGCCCGUGGCAGCCCCCAGAGGGUUUUGUGGAUUGUUGGAUUUGGGGCAAAGGGGUGGAAGGAGACCACCCCAACGUUUCGGCGGUGCGCUGUUCGUCAGACAGAAACACUAAGGGCACAUCUUGCAUUGUGGUGCGGCGCUCAGGAUUUUGGCGGCACGCUGGCUCCCGUCCAGGUGCCACAGCGGCCAACAAGGCCAAUCUGCAUGUGAAGGGUGGCCAAUUUGGCCAUAAAGAUCCGCCGGUGGUGCUGGCGGAAGGCUGCUGUGCAGCCGAGCGAACAGCUAGUCCUGGACUUUGUGGCACUCAGCGAAUUCUGUAG